AUGGCAAGUGAUUGGUUGUCGACAAGUGACAGUGGAAAUGCAUUGCAUAAUGCGAAUAAUACUUCGAAGCAAACGAUCGACUCCAUCGGACGAUCGUUGCAACACUUCGAAUGGCCUGACUAUGUGGUGUUUGCGUGGAUGUUGGUGAGCUGCAUCAUGAUCGGAAUCUACUUCGGAUACAGAAGCCAUCAGAAGCACAGGAACGGUGUACGAUCGUCGGGUAACGAGUCAGAAGCUCAAGAUUAUUUAGUCGGAGGCAGAAAGAUGCAGAUUUUUCCCGUCGCCGUUUCGUUGGUGGCAAGCUGGGUAUCAGGUGUACCAAUGCUGGGAACUGCCACUGAAAUAUACCUGUACGGCACACAGUUCUGUUACAUCGUGAUUUCGAUGAUGCUAGCUGGCACUCUAAUGCAUUACCUAUUUUUACCGGUAUUCCACGAACUGCAGAUCACGUCAACAUUUGAGUAUCUUCAGCUUCGUUUCGAUUCACGGAUGAGACUGUUCGGCUCAAUUCUUUUCACGUUGGCUUGCCUGCUCUGGAUGCCAAUUGUUAUCUACGUUCCAGCGUUGGCGUUCAACCAAGUGACUGGUUUUAGCGUACACAUAACUUCAGCGGUCGUUUGCAUAAUUUGCAUGUUUUACACCAGCAUUGGAGGUCUAAAAGCGGUCGUUUGGACGGAUGUGGUCCAAUCUGGAGUGACAUUAAUGGCCUUGCUGGCAGUGCUCAUCAAAGGGACGUACGAUGUUGGAGGACUAGAGGAAGUGUUGAAUCGAAAUAUUGCUGGUGAUCGACUGGAAGCUCCAAGCUUUGAUCCGAAUCCCACACUUCGUCAUUCUUUCUGGAUCAUGCUUUUUGGAGCGCCGGUGUGGGUAUGUGAAGGUAUAGCCUGCAGUCAAGACAUGGUUCAGCGAUUCCUAUCCUUACCGACUCUCAAAGACGCUCGAAAAGCCUUGAAAGGGUUCGUGUUUGGAUGGAUAAGUGUAAAUGUAAUAUUCUUCAUGAUCGGUAUGCUGGUGUAUGCCACGUAUUAUCGGUGUGAUCCUCUGACGACAAAGUUGGCCAGAGCAAAGGAUCAACUAUUGCCACUGUUUGUGAUGGAAACGUUUGCAGACUACCCGGGAAUGACUGGAGUGUUUGUAGCAGGUAUCUUUAGUGCGGCCCUCAGCUCGUUGUCAUCGGCAUUGAACGCUUUAUCUGCCAUCACGCUAGAAGAUUUUUUCAAACCAUACAGGAAAAAGCCAUUGACAGAAAAUCAAAUACGUUACAUUAUGCAAGGCUCUGUGUUGGUGUUCGGCGUAUUGUCGGUAUUGCUAUCUUUGUUGGUAGAGCAUCUAGGUACGGUGAUGCAGCUGGCAAUGACUUUAAGCUCUGCUUCAGCAGCACCAUUGCUUGGGAUGUUUGUCAUGGGCAUUUUGAUGCCUUGGGUCAACGGAACUGGAGCUAUUUAUGGUGGUACUAUAGGCCUGCUAACGAUGUUCUACAUGUGCUACAAUGCACAAUAUUCGAUCGCUACGGGUAGCAGAACGUUCGACAUGAAGCCUGUAUCGGUGGAAAACUGUCCUUAUGAGUUUUCUUACAAUUCAACCUUGGACGAUAUCAAUGGGGAGAAGGAGCUGGAGCUGAUAGGGAAAUCAAUCUAUCACAUAUCUUAUAUGUAUUUUACACUUUUUGGUAUGAGUGUAACUUGUCUGGCCGGAACAGUAGUGAGUUUGCUUUCGAAGAUGGUUAGCAGACAACGUCCAGCAACUAUUGAUCCGAAGCUUUUGGCACCAUGCAUUAGAAAGUCGCAGUCCAAUGGAAUUGGUCUUACGAUACAAAACGUCACGACAGAUAUAAAGUAA